UCACGCCACCCCUCUCUCACCCCCCUCUCUUCUCACAAUGGGCCUCUCCGACACCCUCAAAAUCAGCACGACCGAAAAGAACGCUGUCGCAGUCGACGCCGUCGAACUCGACCAGUACAGCGGCGCCGAGUCCGACGACGCCCAGACAGCGCAGACGACGGCCUACACCACCGACGGCAAAAAGACAUGGCGCGAGCGGUUGGCGUGGUACGAUCCUGGAAUGGACAAGCGCGAGAAGAUGCUGCUGUUCAAGAUUGACUGUCUGAUCUUGACCUACACCUGUAUCGCGUCCUUCAGUUUGAACUUGGAUAUCAACAACGUCAAGAACGCCUAUGUCAGUGGAAUGAAAGAGGACCUGGAUCUGGUCGGCAACGAGCUUAACUACCUGACAGUCAUCAACCAAGCGCCCUACUGCGUGUUUAUGAUUCCCGGCACCCUUCUCCUCACGCGUUUCCGCCCGAGCGUCAUCCUGCCAAUCUGCGAAGUAGGCUGGGGCGUCUUCACCGUGACCUGCGCGUUCAUCCACAGCCUCAACGAGCUCUACGCGUUCCGCUUCAUGGUCGGUUUCUUCGGCGCGAUCUCCUACUCCGGCUCCAUCUUCAUCAUCGGCUCCUGGUACAAGAAAUCCGAGGUCUCGCGCCGCCUCGGCCUCUACGCCGUCUCCUCCCCGCUCGGUUCCAUGUUCUCGGGAUACCUGCAGUCCGCGGCCUACACGAACCUCAACGGCACCAACGGCCUCGAGGGCUGGCGCUGGCUGUUCAUCAUAUGCGCUCUCAUCACCUUCCCCUGCGCCAUCUGGGGCGCGGUCGCGAUCCCGGACCAGCCGCGCAACACGCGGUGCUGGUUCCUCACGAAGGAAGACCGCGAGCUCGCCAACCAACGGAUGGAGUCCGAGGGCGUGCAGUCCGUCAAGACGCGGUUCGAGUGGUCGACGGUGAUCAAGUGCAUGACGUACUGGAAAUGGUACCUUUUCGUCGGCGCGUGGUGUCUGCUCGACCAGAACGAGCAGGGCCUGACUGUUCCGAUCACGCUCUACCUCAAGGCGCACUCCGACCGCUUCUCGGUCCCGCAGAUCAACAACAUCCCCACCGUCGUCAACGCGAUCAGCGUCGUGGCCACCCUCAUCGCAACCUGGUACGCCGACAAAACAAGCAAACCAUUCAUCCCCUCCGUCAUGGUCGUCGUCCUGUUCUCGGUCGCGCAGUACAUGCUCCUGGCGUGGAACAUUUCCGAAAAAGCAAAGUUCUUCGCCUGGUUCAUCUCGGGCGUGAUCAACGCCAUGCAAGCACUGCUCAUGACCUGGGCCUCUGUCGAAACCCGUUCGGACCCGGACGAGCGCGCGUUCAUUGUCUCGUCGAUGAACUGUCUCGGGAACUUACUCAAGACCGGCACAAACAUCGUCUGCUUCCCGACCGUCGACGCGCCGCGGUUCAAGACUGGGUUCUUGUGGAUGAGCAUCACGGGUACGAUCAUGAUUGUCUGGAUCCCUGUCCUGCAGCUGUUUACGAUGUGGGAGCAUCGCAAGGUUGCUAGGUUGGAGGGCGAGAGGGUCGAGGAUGUUGAGAAUAUUGAGGCUAGUCAGCGUGAGUCGGCGAGCGAGUUGAAUAUGGCGGAAAAGUAAUCUACAUAAAAGUGACGUCUUUGCAAUAUAAC